AUGCCUGACAUCUACGACCGGAUCCGAGAGGAAGUCUCCGAUAAAGAACUUGCGCUCUGGACAGCCCUCACAUGUGCCGAUCCAGCCUCCGAGUUAAUCAAAUUAAGCAACCCAGAAGCCAACUUUAUGUUCCCGAAAAAAGAGGUCCUCACCCUAGAAGACCAUGACAAAUUCAGAAAGGCGUUGAGGGCUCCGUUCCACCGGUUCGACACUUAUCGAAUGGAUGAAGUUCGAAUCUUCAUCAUUGAUUUGAUGGCAGCAACAGUGACAUGCAAAGUCCAUGCGGAGAGGGAGGGCAGGAAGUACCGGGCGACAUCGCAUACUACGUGGUCUCAGGCUUCCGAUGGCGAAUGGAGGAUUGUGACCCACCAGGAAUGUAAAGUAUAG